AUGGCCAUGGCUACUUACGAGACGGCAAAAACUCAAUUCGUCAAGGUGGACGGACUUACCUUUGCCUAUAGACAACUCGGUGUAUCGCAUGGCAUCCCGCUACUAUUCAUCCCGGGUUUCAAACAAACAAUGGAUCACUGGGACCCGGCAUUGGUCAACCCUCUUGCCGCUCAGCGUCCAGUAUUACUCAUUGACAACGCCGGCGUUGGCCGAUCCGAGGGCGACGUUCCCGAUACCUUUGCCGGUUGGGCGGCGCAUUACAGCGCUGUGACCAAACAAAUCCUUGGCCAAGCCAGCAAGGUUGACGUAUUAGGCUAUUCCAUGGGCGGCUGCGUUGCGCAGCUCAUGGCUCUCAACGCGCCGGAGCAGGUACGGCGAUUGGUGCUCUGCGGCACGAUUCCCAGCUCCGGAGACGGCGUUAAACCCUCGCCCGAUGGCAAGGCGUUCAAGCGCAUGAAGGCGGCCAGGACUGUAGAGGAGGAACAGCAAGCUUUCGAGGAGGGCUCCUUUGUGCAGCGCUCUGAGCGUAGUCGAGAGGCGGGUAAGCGAGCAUGGAAGCGCAUCGCCAACGGUAGAAGCGACUCCGGAGAGGUGAGAUGCGAACCAGUGCCUCCGGGGCCAGCUCAUAAGCAGGCGCUUGCGUUUGUCAGGUUUAUGGAUAAGAAAAACGCUUCCGAGGGGAGUUAUGACCGGCUCGGCCAGCUGCGUCUGCCGGUGCUAAUCGCCAAUGGUUGCGAGGACUUGCUGCUACCUACCGACAACAGCAUCCUGAUAUGGAAGAUGCUUAGCUUCGCGGAUGCACGGCUGCAUUUGUUUCCGGAUUCAGGACAUGGGUUUCUGUACCAAUACGCCGACGAGCUUGCGAGGCUUGUAAAUGACUUUCUUGGCAGCAGCAGCUCGAGUCGCGGCAGUCGGCUUUGA